UACGAUGUGUGUGUAUAAUAAUUGAUUGGUUGUCUAAUGCUGUAUACAGGUGCAAUGGCGCGGCAGGUGCGUUGCAUAAUGUAGAAUGGUUUUUAUGUUUUGACUGUUUUGUGAUAAUAUUGCUGGAAAAUGUUCCUCAUGCUGUAAGAUAAACCUGCAAAACCGCUUCGGAUCGGACGUCAGAGAAGCACAUAUCAAGGAGAAAAGCAGGUAGACACCGAUUUUAGAAACAUUUCACUCUGCCGCACGGCACGGAUCAAUUUCUCAAGGACUCCGUCUCCGAAGUAGGGUCGCUGUGGUGGGACGCGGGCCACACUCCGCAUAGACUGACACAGAGAACCGCUAGCUGAGAUUUUACAAAAACUGCCGGGGAUAACAAACUAGAAGAAGAUGUCUCACGUAGAUUCUGGCCCCUUGGCCACCUACAGCAGCCUCCAGGACAAGCACCUGGUAGGUUACUUCAACAAUACUCGCAUGAAGAAACACCUGAGGAGGGCCGGACUGGUCACCCGACGUGGCGAUCUCGUCACCGAGUCCACCUUCCGGCUCAAUAUGGCACGCAAGGAGCACCAGCGUCACGUGCGUGACCUCAUGGCACAGGCCAUCGUCCACAAGACGCUGGAUCUGGAGCGACAGAGGCAGUCGGACAUCAAGCAGAAGCUGGAGGAGAUCUCCAAAGUGGAGCUGGUUCGGAGAGUCAGGAUGGAUAGAGCGAGAAAGGGAGAUGAAGACAUCACCCAAUACCUGAGCCCCAGAGGGAGACCUAAGUCCGCCCAUACCAACCAAAUGAUACAACCUCAGCCCCCUCGUGGCAGAGGAAGACCUUCAACUGCACCAGCUAGGCAGAGGCCAUCAUCCAAGAGAGCUGGUGUGGUCUACGUGGACCAGGACGGGUUCCCUGUUCAUCGGGAUUCUGCAAGGUCAGACCGGUCCGAUACGAGCAGCAACGGUGAAGUGGAUUCACCUGCACUCAGAGAGUUGGACCCUAAGAUUCUUCACAGGAUCUCCCUCAACCUAAAGCCUGAUGAGAAAGAGGGUCUCUCUCCGUACUCCCCAGAUGUGACCCCACGACCUCCUGCGGCCAGGUCAAAGAGUCAAAAGUCACCAAGAACUUCUACUAAGCCUGGUGGUGUGGUGUCCAAGAAUGGCAGGGGCUAUCGUCCCAGGUCAAAUAAGGGUUCACUGGCACUCCAUCGGAAGGAACCAUCAUACCCUCACGCCACCCAGCUCCAGAGUAUGUGUGAUGUGACGGUGAGGUACCGGGGGACCGGUCUCAAACUCCAGUACGAGAGGGAGGACAAGAGAGACGAGAUUCAGAUCUACCAGCAACAUUGUGGAGGGGAGAACCUCGUUGUGUUCCAGGGCUUUGCAGAUAAAGGGAAUGACCUCAUCUUUGUGUCACGUCGUCACCGUGGUUACCCGUUCAGUGUGACCUUCUUCGUGAACCGUGUGCAAGUGCUUCGACUGAGCGCGUGCUGCGAGUACAAGUACACCCCUGGAGCGCUGCUGGGAGGCUCAAAAGGUCAUUUCAAAUUCAAAGGUGUCCAAGGAUCAUCACCUUGUUACAAAUGUCUUGUAGAAGCAGAGCUUGCAAGGAGAGAAAGGCAGCGUUACAAGGAUGUCCAGACAGAUACCAUCGUACCAGAACCAGAGCCGGAACCAGAACAUGCGGGAAUGUCCACUCAGACAGAAGCCCAGGAGGAAGAGGAGGAUGAAGGAAAGAAAGAAGAAUCGACACAGAUGGAGGAGGAGGAAGCAAAUGAAGGUUACGAUGACGAUGAGUUUGAAGAAGAUGAAGAGCAGAAGGAUGAGAAGGAUGAAGAGAAGGAAAAAGAUAAAGAAUCAGAUGGUUUCUUCUCGGAAGUAGAGAGUGAGAAAGAGUCUGUCCAGGCUGAAGACAAGAAGUCAGAAGAUAAUUAUGGUGAUUCUGAUUUUGAGGCGGAAUCUGAGAAAGAAGAAGAGAAAGAAGAAGAUGUUGUAGAAGAAGUUGCAGAGGAGGAGGAGGAGAAGAGUGACUCUGAGGUGGAAGAAGAGAAAGAAGUGGAACAGGAGAAGGAAGAAAAAGAAGAGGAGGAGGAAGAGGAAGUUGAAGAAGAAAAAUACGCUUCUGACAGUGACCAGAAAAAUGAAGUGGAGGAACGUUUUGAGCAAGAAACUCAAGAAGAAGUUGAAGCUGUGCCAGAAGAAGAACGUGAAGAGGAGAAAGAAGAUGAGAGGAGUCUCUUUAGUGCCUCUGAAGGAGAAAAUAGACUCUUGUCUUCUGAUGAAGAAGAUGAGGACAAGAAGAGUCUUUUGGAGGAUCAGAGGAAAGAUGGUGAAUCGGAAGCUGAUUUCAAGAUUUCAAGCUCAGCUGAUGAAAGUGAGAAGGAAGAGGAGGAGGCUGAGAGACAGAUUAAGGAUCAUUCAGAUGAUGAAAAGGUUGAAGAUGAAAAAGAAGAUGGUUCUCAGGUCAAGGAAGAGGAAGAAUCGGAUAAGGAUGACAACCAGAGUGCCAAGGAUGAGUCUGAGGAGAGAGAAGAGGUGCUUGACGAGAGUCUUACUCAAGAGAUUACUGUAGAAGCUGUAAUGGAACCUCCUCCUAAAGAAGCUAUCCUCGUUCAAGACACUACCUUGAUGACCGCGAAUGAUGACGAUGAUGCUUCUCAAGCCGAGGAACAGGUUCUGGAUAAAGAUACCGUGGAUGAGCAGGAAGCACAAAGUGAUAGAGAACAGGGAGGUGGAGAAGACGACAAAGAACAAGUCAGCCCUGCAAAUGAUGAUGCUGGAGAUAGUGCAAGCCGUAGAGAGGAGGAUGCACAAAGUAAAGGAGAUCAGGAAGAUGGAGAAGAGCACAAAGAAGAAGUCAGCCCGGCAGAUGAUGAUGCUGGAAAUGGUGAGAGCCAUGCAGAGGAGGACUCUCAGAGUGCACAGGAAGAGGACCUGCCAGCCCAGAGUCAUGUUGAGCCCGAGGUGGACCACUCGGAAGAAGUUAAGGUUGCAGAUGAAGAAGACAAGCCAAAAGAUGUGUCAGAGGUUCAGCAAGUAGAGGAAGAAGAAGAGGAAGUUGCUCAGCAAACCUCUUACAGUGCUCCAGGACAAGAGCAUACUGAGUUGGCUGAUGAAGCAAAGAGCGAGAGGGAAGACCCUAAACCCGAAGAACAAGAAGUACCCAGUGCUGCUGAUAAAGAAGAUGUCCCUGAACAUUCGAAGGACACACCUACAGAAGUCCCUACAGAAUCUCAACAGGAAGUUGAACCUCGUGAUGAAUUUGUCAAGGAUGAAGCAGAUUCAUCAGUUGGAGAUGAUUCUCAAGAGACUCAAAAUGAUAGGGCGCAACAAGAAGUGCCUGCUGAGGAUACUGCAGAAGCUCCUGCUGAUGAAGAAUCAAAGGACACCCAAGAUGCACAGUCAGAACAGGGAGCAGCACAAGAACCAGAGCAGGAAAAGGAGGAGGAGGAGGAGAAAAAGAUUGAUGAUGCUCCACAAGACAAAGAAGAAACAGAGGAACAAGAGGAGCAAGAACAGGAUGUUGCAGAAGCUGUAAAGGAGGAGGAAGAAGAGGAAAAGAGGGAGGAAGAAGAGGCAAAGAAGGAGGAAGAAGAGGAAAAGAAGGAGGAAGAAGAGGAAAAGAAAGAAGAUGGAUAUAAAUCUGACUCCAGCUCUAGCCCCAGCCACCAUUCUGAUGAUGAGGAGAAGCUGAAGUUAUCCGGUUUCAUACAAGAGCAGGCAACUGAUUCAUCUUACAGCCGACUGGCUCUGAACAUGAACGAGAAGAACCUAGGCACUGAGCAGGCAGAACAGGUAGCCCAGGCCUUGCUCGAAGACCCCAAGUACAAAUCUAUUGAAUACCUCCUACUCCGCGCUAAUCCAAUAGAGGACAAAGGCGUAUCCUCCAUCAUGCGUUCCCUGAUAACCCUACAUCACCAAAUCCCUGAGCCGACCGAUGAGACCGAAGAACGACCCAAGACAGGCAUCAAGCUGACCCAUCUAGACCUAGGAGAUACCAAAUUCACCAACAAGGGUGCUGCGGAUGUCGCAGAGUUCCUCAAGCUCCCCACCAACAUCACCAACGUCAACCUCAGCGACAACUCCCUGGGCCGUGCCGGUUGCAAGGCGCUCGCCGCUGGGAUCCGUAGCAACAAGAGCCUGUGGACCCUCAGCGUUGAGUACGCGGGACUCGGUGACAGCGGCUGCAGGGAGAUCAUCGAGGCGGUGCGCGACCAUCCGACGAUUCGCGAGCUGAAUCUGGAAGGGAACGGGAUCACUGACGAGAGCGCUCGUGCUCUCCUGCAGCUGGUCAAGGAUAAUAGCGUCCUGACGUCCAUCAACUUUGUACGAGAUAACCAGGUCACGCAGGAGCUUGCGGAAGAGAUCGAAGAGAUCCUGAAAACAGGAGAGUUCAUUUGGUAGUUGGAAAGAAAUACAACUCGAUCCUUGCGGGUUUGCUACAGUCACAGUCCACCUUUGUAUAUAGACUACUUAAAGGCCUGCUGUACUAGUUCAGCCGGAAGGGAUUAGACCACCCAGCAAGCCAGCGAGGUCACUGUGACAGGUGGCUAUCUCAUUAACUCAGCUCUCAAUUAACAUAAGAAAAAGAGGAUCAUGGGGGACCAACAGGCACCGAUUGAGGAAGUUUUCAAUAUAGAAGGAGCAAGUAGCUACAAGUAGUACAGUGUGGCUUUAAGGGAUACUAGAACAUUGAAUUUGUAGACAGAUGGUCUUUAUAUACAGGUUUGGGUAAGAGACACUGCCCAAGAGAGACAAGAAAAGUGGCCUUCAUAUACAGGUUGCUUAAUUUAAGGUUACCUGUGCAUGUGACAUAGGAUUAAACCCAGAAAUUCAGAAAUACUUACCUGAUGUUAAAUAGCUACUCGAUGUCACAACUUGUAUAAUUCCUGAGAGUAUAUAUAUAGUUUUGAGUAUGUUCCAAGUUAUUUUUGUAUUUUGAUGAAAUUGUAAUAUAUUGUGUGAAAUACUUGUACUAACUGAAACACAUAGGGCAUUUAAAGUAGAUCUAAUAUCUAAUUGAUAUACAUGUAUUUGUAUUGUGCAAUUUUCUGUAUUAUAAACCUGUAUUACAUUGGAUUCCAAGUAAGUAUAUUUGUGUGUAAUAUUUUUGAGACAGUUUAAAACACCAUGAUUUAAAUAGCAAACAGUUGACCAGAAAAAAAUUGCUAAGUAUGUAAUGAAUCAUUUUUAUUUUCUUAUGUAUAAUUGAGAGUUGGAAGGUUCAGUAUAUUUGUCAGUUGCUGAGCAAUUUAUGUAGAGAAUAUAAUAUACAGUACAUGUUUUAUGUCGGUAAAAUCAAACUGAAUUAUCUUGCAGAAGGCAAGGAUUUUGUGUUUUAUGUAAACCAUGGAUUUCACUGCAAGUCCAUGUUUGGAAGUUAAUCAUGCAUUUGGGGCACCCAUGUGUAAGUGAUUCCAAUAAGUGUCUAGCCCUGUCUACUCGUAAACCUCUCAUAUUUGGGAAUACAGAAGGAAAAGUUGGACAAGGUAUCAUGUUAAUGUUUCUCAGUGUGAAUAUGAUUUGAGUGGGUUUGAAACCUCAUGCAAGAUGUUGUUGCUAGAAGGGUAUAAACUCUAUGGUAAAUCAUAUUUGAUAUACCCUCCGGGCGCUCAGCAGAAAGUGUGAUAGUGUUCCUUGAUAGAGUGUUAUAGUAAAUAAAUAUCUAUCUUACCUUGACUUAUGUGCCUAUGCACGUGUUAAUUAAUUGAUGAUAUUUGCUCUGAAUGUGGGUGUGUGAUAAAAUUUCUAUAAAGUACUUGCACUAUUAGUGUAUUUUCACCUUGAAAGGAAUAUUAUAAACAAUGAAUGGUAAAAAAUGUAUGAUUCAAAGUAAAAAGAAAUGACAUAUAUAUUUUGACUUGUAUCAGAUGUGAGAUCAUUACUAAAUUCUCUUAUGUUAGGUGUAAAUGAAUUGUGUAAAUUAAUUGCAAAUAUGUAUUUUCUGUACAUUUCAAUUUAGAAUGUUUGUAGUUAUAAUAUUCAGGCAUGCUAUAAAAUGUAUGUUGUUUAAAGAAAGUGUUUAUAAUAGAAUACAGACUAAAACUAAUUACUUUAAUAUAGCAGCUUUUUGUAUAAUAUGUGUGUGAUGUAUAUGUAGAGUGUUGCAUAAUGUGGGAUCAUUAUGCAUUUUGUUCAACUUUUCAAUCAUCAAAUUGAUAAUGGAAUUAAUUUGAAUAUUUGAAGGCUAGGGGAAUCGUAAUCUAAAUAAUUUACAUAAUUUCUAUCUAACAAAGGGGGAAAAAAGUUUUAUUUGUAAUUAUACAUGAUCAUGUGUACAUUUUAAGUGAAUUCUAGCGUAUUUCUUAUGCUUUACAAGCAAUGGAAACGAUUAAUUAAGUACAUUCUCUGUUGAGAGCCAGAAGGGCAUUGACCUGUAUACUUUUACGUAGUGAACACCCUUUUUGCUCUAAACAGACAAUGUACUAAACAAUUCACAAAAAGAGAAUACUUAAAACUGUUUAAUUUGUAAAUUGACUGUAGAAUUAAGUAGAUCAAACAGAAUGUCAUAAUUAGGCUGUUCUCAACUAUCAUGUAUGUAACAUAUGUAUUCAAAUAUCUGGCGAUUCUGUUGAAAAUAAACUCGUAGAUGGUAAAUAAAUGUGCCUAUAUUUGUUACAGGUGUGUUACAAUGUGAUCACAUCUUAUAACUGCAUAUAUAACUGUUAUCAGAUAGCACCACUGCAUUCCUGUUUCAGUAAGAAUAUGAAAUUUCACUCUAUGAAUUUGUUACUUUUGAUGAUACUUGUAGAGGCACAAAAUCCUUUAUUACUCUUUUGAGUUGUAAAAUCACUUCUUUUCUAGACUGAAUAACCUUUCUCAGAAUAUACCCAGACAAUAAUAUCCCUUUAUGGGCAAGUCCAAGUAUGAGGAUUGAAAAUACCUCUCUCUCUCUCUCUCUCUCUCCCCUUAUUCUACCACUAGGCACAACCAUGCUCAUACAUAAUUUUCUAUCAAAUAUCUUGUGCUUGCACACAAUUGACUAACUGCUUAGUAAUUUUAGGGUGCACUUUUGACACGUUCAUUAUCUCCAUGUCUCUUGGCUCUUUUCAAACAAAAAAACAUUCUGUCAAAUAUACAUUUGCUACUUUGUUAAAUUGAAAUUAUGGAAAAUACCUCUCCAUGGUGCCUUAUGUUUUAACAAAUAUACAUUUCUUGCAAUCUAUUCCUAGUAAGUCUUGGUAAGUCUAUCUCCACUGGGAAUAUUUGAAAAGAAAUCAAAUUAAGGUAUACUAAUGAGCAACAACAAAAAAGAUACCUCAUGCAGAGUGGAAAGGAAUAAUUGGGUAGAUUUGGGGAACAAUGUUUUACCUCACAAUUUGAUUCCCUGCCAAGAAAUUUCAGCUACACCGCAUUAAUCUUUUCUGAACAUUUAAAUUUAUAUACAAAAUAACAAAAGGGUGGGGUUUGUAUUGCAAUGAGUAUGUGCUUCUUUCUUUUCAUGUAACUAUUCUUAUAUGUACAUAACACUGCAAUUCUAUAUAAAAAUGUGUAAACUGACAUUCUUAUAACAUGCACUUGCAAACUGAUUUAUCCGUCCAAGUAUUUCGUCUUUCUGUGUAUACUAUCUCACCAGCAACUGUGUCAAGAGCGUAGCGAUCAAAAUGUAAUAAAUUAGAUCAAAAUAUAUACCUA